GUCUCUUGUGCGUCAUCAACAUAACAAUGGGACGGCAUUAUCUAUCAACUUUUUCAAGUUUUCUUUAUCUGUUUUCCAGGAGAUUACAAUUAGGUUAUAAAUUACGCUGAAGCAAAUCACAAUCUCACUUCUAACUACCAAAAAAUGUGUAUACUUUUCGUUCACGUUGAUCCUAACCCUGAAAAGGGAGCUUACAGAUUAGUUUUGGCUACAAAUCGGGAUGAAUAUUAUAAAAGACCUGCCAUGAAGGCUUAUAUUGAUAAUGAAACCAAUAUUCUUGGAGGUAAGGAUAUGGAACCGGGAAGAGAGGGUGGGACUUGGUUAGCCUUUAAAUCAAAAGAUCAAGAAAACGGCAAAGGAAAAAAGCACUGCGUUGGCGUGCUUCUUAACAUAACCGGAGAAAUCGUAGAAAAACCUGCAGGCAGGGGUAAAAUUAUUACAAAUUAUUUAAACGACAAAUUAGAUUUUGUACAAUAUUGUGAGGUCCUUGAUAAAACCAAUUUUAAUGGAUAUAACUUUGUAUCUGUUGAAUUAAGUAAAGAUAGUGCUACCACUUACCAACACAGUAACUUACCAAAAAUAACUUCGAGUUAUAUGGGCCAACAUAGUAUGGGAUUUGGCAAUAGUCCUAUUUUCAACCCACUUCACAAAGUAAGAGCAGGAAGGGAUACAUUUGAAGAAAUUUUAAGAAGACAUCUCAAUAAAGAGGAGUUAGAAAAAGGUCUUUUAUCACUGCUAAAAGAUGAAACUCGAUAUUUGCCUGAUGAAGAAUUAAAAAGAAGAGCACCAAUGGUUUAUGAAUAUUUGAGUUCCAUGUUUAUUAAACUAGAUCCACCAGGGUAUGGAACAAGAACCCACACAUUGAUUUUAAUAGAUUACGAUUGGAAUUUGACUUUUGUUGAACAUACAAUGCAAGAACCCAUUGAUAUUAAAAAUCCGAUAUGGACUGAAUCCAGAUUCGAAUUAAGGCUGUGAAAUGAUAUUUAUAGAAAUGCGUAGGUCAGUGAUCCGGACUGUACCGUUAAAAAUAGAAAACCGAACUGGAACAGAUAUUUUUUUAGUAGACCUAAGCUGAAACAACCAUUGUUUUAUCUUAAAUUAAAUUUUGAAACGUUUUUUUUGUUUUGAAGUACACUUACAUAAUUAUGGAUAUUUUUAUGAACAUUUUGAAAAUUCAUGUAAAUAAAACUUUACAAUGGCUAUAUGUCAUGAACUAAAGAUAAUAUCAGAAAAGUAAAAACCAAAUACAAAAACACUCCUGUACUAGAAACAUUUAAAAAUAUUUAAUUCAGGUAAUACGAUAUCUUCUUUUUAAAUAGGUUUUUAAUAAUUAUGUAUAUUAUUGAAUCGCUCUUUAUAAAGCUAUUGUAUAAAGUUGAAAAAUAUUUUUACUUUAAGUAUCCGUGCCCUAGACCACCGUUUAAGCAUCUUCUGAUAUAAUAUUUAGUUUACGAGAUAUAGCCAUUGUAAGUUUUUAUAUUUGAAAAAUAUUUUUUCCGAUUGAAAAUCUCAUGGGAUCUUUUAUUAUAAAGAGUGAACCACAAAAAAUGUUUUUAAAAUAGGCCUUUAAAAAAAUUCACUUAUGUACAACUCUUCUUUUUGGAUUUAAUUCAGAGCCGCACGUAGUUAUCACUGACAUGACUCGUAUCUCUGUCUUUGUCAGUCAUGGCUUACUUUAGGAACAUUUUUUGUAGAUCACUAUUUUCUUUUUGAAUCAGUAAAAAUAAUCUAUUUAAAACCAAAUUUUUAUAUUUGGCGUGUU